AUGGCUUUAACUGAGCAAGAUAAUAUCUCCAUCGCAGAAAUUGUUAUUUAUAUACCAGCACUAUUCAUUGCAAUAUGGCUUUCUAUACGCCACGGGUUUGGUCGUAACUCAGGAUGGCUCUAUUUGAUUAUCUUCUCGUUAGCUCGCAUCAUCGGAGCAGCAAUGCAACUGGCCACUAUACCGGAUCCUACCAACCUUAGUCUUCGCGUCGGAGCGGCAACUUUGCAAAAUAUUGGCCUAUCGCCUUUAAUCAUGGUCCAACUGGCCCUAAUUGGACGAGCUGCUGGAAGUAUCCGAAAGUCGACAACAUGUUUCGUGACCGAGAAACGAGUCCGCCUCAUCCAGCUUCUUGUCCUUGUGGGUUUGAUCCUAGGCGCAGUCGGUGGCAGUCAAUCCGGACAGAGCCUUGCCGACACAGGAAAAUACACCGUCUCGAGUCUCUCUCAGGCCGGUACGGGCCUGAUGAUUGCCGCGUACGUCUUGCUGGCCUUUUCCACUGUUCUCGUCGCAAUGCAGAUGUCUCAUAUGGAACCGGGAGAGAAGCGGUUAGUUUUGGCCGUAGGCGUCUCUCUCCCUUUUAUCCUCGUUCGAUUAGCCUACUCGGCAGAAUCUUUGUAUGGACACAAUCCGGCCUUUAACCAAGUGACGGGCAACAUCAACAUUCAGCUUGGAAUGUCUGUCAUCAUGGAGAUGAUCGUCGUUACCAUUGUUGAGAGUAUUGGAAUGACUUUGAAUAAGAUCACAAAAAUUGCAGCUCAGCAGACAGAAGCCGAUUACGAAAUGUUAAUCAUAGUCACCGGUCUCCCUACGUCUGGUAAAACUACACGCGCGAAACAACUAUAUAACUACCUCUCCGACCGCAUUGGGGACUCAUCUGCACCCGCUACGGCUAAAUAUCGACUACACCUAAUCUCAGAUCAGAAACUAUCUAUUUCGCGUUCCGUGUACGAUCUAUCAGCGACGCCGGCGCAUACAAGAUCCGCUAAUGCAUCUGAGAAGGAUGCCCGUGCUACCAUCUAUGGUGCCACGAAGCGCGCGCUAAGCGAUCGCGAUAUCGUCAUUCUCGACGGACUCAACUACAUAAAGGGCUGGCGAUAUCAACUAUUCUGCGAGUCCAAAGCUGUGCGCACGCCUAGCUGCGUCCUACAAAUCGGCUGUACGAGGGAGAAGGCUAAGGAGGUCAACGAUGAAAGAUUGCGGCGGCGGAACGAAGACGUCGACGUUGCCAAGGAUACAGGGGAAAAGAGUAACGAAGAGCAAGAAGAUGAAGAGGGCCCUUACGAACAGGAAAACUGGGAGAAUCUCGUGUUCCGUUAUGAGGAACCGAAUCCUAUGACGAGGUGGGACAGUCCACUAUUCACGCUUAUCUGGGAAGACGGCGAGGAGCAGACGAAACAGGUUUUUGACAGCUUGUGGGAUGCUAUUGCAGGAGAAGCGCGGAAACUGGUACGGCCUAAUCAGGCAACUGUGCAGCGGACCAGAGAGACGGGCGGAGAUUACUUAUACGUUCUCGACCGAGAGACGCAGGAGAUUGUCAAGAGGAUCCUAGACCAGCAAAGCGAUGAUGGCGGGGAUGAAAUAAAGGUCCCCCGGAGUAGCGGUAACAAUGGCGAGGAGUUAGUUGUGGAACUGCCAGCUGGAAAGAAAGUAGGCCUACCUCAGUUGCAGCGGUUACGGAGGGCGUACAUGGGGUUGCAUAGAGGUGGUAUUGGCCUCGAGGGAGUUGGAAAUCUGGGACCGGAGAGGAUACGAGAGACUUUUGUGAGAUAUCUUAACGAUGCUUUUGAAAAAGAUGGUUGA